AGUGACCCUCGCACCGUCCAAUUUUUCACACUUGUGUCACGUGUGUUUAUAAUUGCCAUAAAGAUUUAUUUAGCACAACGUUUAUAAGUUUGCUGUCUUCAUGUGAAGAUACCUUUACCUGAGGUACACAUGAAGUGAAUAAGGAUUUUCUUUAUACAGAUACUUUGAGAAUAAUGCAGACGCCUCAAAUUUACGAGACUACAAAAUUGUGUUACUCCACAUGAAACAGGCACGGGAAAGGAUUCAAGAGUUCGAACGGCUACAGAAAGCACGGCACCUUUUGGAUGCCAUUUCGUUAGUAAACAAUUUGCUUGCCGACGGUUCUGAAAUAGAAAUACUAUCGCUUGCUGGGAUAAUAGUGAGGAGAUUAAAUAAAUUAGGCGUGACAAAUAUAACGGCAGAUAAGGAAAACGAAUAUUGGUACAAAGAUACGAGACUAUCGGCUUUGAGACUUACACAUAGCGGUAUUUAUCACUGUUGCACAUUUUGUUCAAGUGGUGGAAAAAAGGAAAUAACUUGCGGCUGCAGAGGCACAAUGCCUGGUGGAUACAAAGGCUGCGGCCAUGGACAUAUCGGGCAUCCGGGCUUUAACCAUUGGUCCUGCUGUGGAUCUAUAUUACGUAAUGGGCGUUGCUUAAUUAUACGAAAAACUAUGCAUCAACUUAUAUUGUGAGUCUUAAUAAAUUAAUAAAUACAACUUCCAUACAUGAA